AUGAAGAAGACUCUGAACGACCCAAAUUCAAAACCAAAUGAGAAAGUUAGACAUGAAUAUAUCAUAGAUAUGGCAAAUGGCAUUUUUUAUUUGCACAACAAUGGUAUUUUACAUAGAGAUAUUAAGCCGGCAAAUUUACUGAUUUUUAGUACAGAAAUGGAAGACACAAUUUUGGCAAAAUUGACUGAUUUCGGAUCGUCAAGAAAUUUAAAUCAAUUGAUGAAAAAUAUGACAUUCACUAAAGGUAUUGGCACACCAGCUUACAUGGCUCCUGAAAUUUUGAAAAAAGAAAGAUACCAAAUGCCUUCUGAUAUAUUCUCGUUUGCUAUAACAAUGUACGAAACAUUUGCAUGGAGGGCGGCUUAUUCAAAAGAAAAAUUUAAAUUUGAGUGGAGUAUCGCAGAUUUUGUGUCACAUGGAAAUCGACUGGAAAAAGAUGACAACAUAUCGACUGAAGAAUUUGAUAUAAUUCAAAAGGCGUGGUGUGCUGAACCCGAUAAAAGAACAAAAAUAAACGAAAUUAUAAAUGCUCUUAAAUCACUUGUUUAA